UGAACACCGUUAUCAUUUUUCUUUGUAGAAGCGUUCUGAAUCACAUUAUGGAGGACCAAGAACCCAGUACGUCGAAGCGCAAGCAAACUAAAAAACGCAGUGUGUGGUCGACCGCUCAAUUUGAUUUGCUGCUGGAGCUGUGGGAAGAGAAGAUUGGCGAUCUACGUGGUACGCGGAAGAACAGCCAUGUAUAUGAAGAGAUGCGUACAAGUUUCGAAGAACACGGUUAUGCAGUUUCAGCGGAAGAAAUCAAAGUUAGGAUAAAUAACCUAACUGCACGUUUCAAAAAAGAAAAAGCAAUCGUAGGUCCUUCAGGAGGAUCGCCUUCUGAGUGGCAACUGUACAAUCGAGUAAACCAAAUAUUGGGAAGCUUCCGAAUCCAUAACGUGUCAGCUGUUGUGGAAGACAGUAUUGAAGAAGAACAUCUCGACGAAGAAUUUCUUGAGGAACCGUGCACUCAAGCGACGUUUGCGGCCUCAGAAAGUGCAGAUUCACCCAUCGCCUCACCAUCACCUCCUGAGCGUCCCCCUCCAAAAAUGAGGAAGCUGAUGAAGCCGCAGGCAGAGCUGAUGGAGGAAUUUAAGCGUACCAAUGCUCGCAUUGAAAUAGAACUCCAGCACAUGCGGGAGGUCGACGAAAAGUUGUUGGAAAUAGAACAAGAGAGAAACGAUAUACUAAGAGGUAUGGCGGAGAGCUCCAAGGAGCUGAAUGAAGCGCUCGUCAAGUUUUUGAAUAAAUAAGCUGGACUGAUUACUAAUUUCUCCGGUGUUUUUUUUUUGUGAAAUAUAAUAGCAGUCAUUUACUCACAAAACUUUAGUUGAAAAUCAAAAGACAAAUGAAACAAAAAAUUCAAAACUAUCAUUUUCUCUUUUAUUGAACUACAAUUUUCCUUUCAAUUCAACAAAUUAUAGCUAUACAAUGCAUUGUUUUAAAUAUCUAUUACGCCGUCAUGGCAAUGACGCACAAAGUCGCACACGAUUAAGCCUUAUUGAAGCAAACCUCUUAAGAAAAAUCGUCGGUAGAUUCAAUCACGAAUUCGUCAUGCGUGGUUUCAGAGUGUGUAGCUGUAGCUGAAAUAAAGAUAAUAAUAUCACA